UGUUCACUUGACAGAAAAGUAGGAGGGUUCAACGGAACAGGAAUAACCGAAGAGUAAAGCGAUGAGAUAUAAAUUUUAGUUAUAUAUUUGCCGACUAUUCAACAAAAAGAGAAAUUAAUGGCCAUGAGCUCCUAUUUGAUCAACUCCAACUAUGUGGACCCCAAGUUUCCACCGUGUGAGGAGUACUCUCAGAGCGACUAUCUGCCCAGUCACUCCCCGGACUAUUACAACUCCCAGCGGCAGGAGCCCGCUGCCUUCCAGCCGGACUCUCUCUACCACCAUCCAACGCACCACCAGAACCACCAUGCGCACCCACCACAGCGAGCCGAGCCACCUUUCACGCCGUGCCAACGAGCAGCACAGCCCGCCUCCGUGCUCAUGUCCCCCCGGGGUCACGUCCUCCCUCCGACCACCACCAACACUCCACUCCCGGAGCAGAGUCACCGCUGCGAGUCGGUGACACCCAGCCCUCCUCCGCCUCCGUCCUGCGGUCAAACGCCGCACAGCCAAAGCUCUUCUUCUCCCCCGAGCGCUCGCAAGGACCCUGUAGUGUACCCGUGGAUGAAGAAAGUCCACGUAAACAUCGUGAGUUCAAACUACACGGGAGGAGAACCCAAGCGCUCGCGGACGGCCUACACGCGCCAGCAGGUCUUGGAGCUGGAGAAGGAGUUCCACUACAACCGGUACCUGACGCGCAGGCGCAGAGUGGAGAUCGCGCACACUCUUUGUCUGUCGGAGCGCCAGAUCAAAAUAUGGUUUCAGAACCGGAGGAUGAAAUGGAAGAAGGACCACAAGUUGCCCAACACCAAGGUCCGCUCCGGUUCCAAUGGCACUGGUACGAACUCGCAGGGGCUCACUGGGUCUCAAAGCCGGGCUAGCGGACCUCUAUAGCCCGGUGACUGGUGAAUUAACCCUUUCCGUGUGGUGUUGCCUCCCCCCAAAGCCUAUAAUAAACUACGGUUGAGACGUGUUUGGACAGCUUUUUGCGUUUGGAUUCGGAAGGAUGUCACUGCUGCCUAUGCUACUCACUAUAAAUGACACUAUUUUGAUUUGGAGAGACACAUAAGUCAUAAUUCAAAAUCAAAAAAUUUAACAAAAGCAAGGAAGGAAGCGAGAACACUUCGGCUGCUCCUAUCGUUUUUCCUUACCGUGUCUUUUGAGACAGUAAACGGUAGGCUCCAGACCUGUACGUGCGUGUGCGUGCGUGCAUGUUUUUGUGUUUUGUUUUUUUAUUCUAUUUUUUGGCUGAAGAUGGA